CCCGGAGCAGAGGCCGGAGCCACUGACCUGCUCCUCCCAGCGUACGACCUCCAACCAGGAUACUGCUUCCUAAAAUGAGGCUCUGGGGACUUCUGCCAUUCCUGGGCCCCUUCAUCUUCCUGUGGGGCAUCUGGGAACCUGAGCUGGCAGAGGGGUUCUUUGUCAGAUCGUGCCCAAGAGACAGAGUGAAAUGUGGACUUGAAGAAAGAAGCCAAUGUACAAGGGUCAGACAGUGUCCAGACAACAAGAGGUGCUGCAUGUUUGCCUGCGGGAAAAAAUGUGUGGACCCCAACGAAGACGUAUGCAGUCUGCCACAGGUUGCUGGGCCCUGCUUGGCUUCCUUUCGACGCUGGUGGUAUAAUAAAGAAACUAAGACCUGUACUGAAUUCAUCUAUGGUGGUUGCCAAGGGAACCUUAACAACUUCCAAAGCAAAGAUGUCUGUAUCGCCAUCUGUAAAAAGAAGCCCCUGUCUUCCUGGCUACAAGGUUGAGCUGGAAGAGGCUCCAGGUCUUGGCUUCCUUCCGUGAACCCAACAGAUGCUCUGGAUUGGCUGGCACUGGCCAAGUCAUACCCACUAAGACUUUGGCUGUUCCCACAAUAGACCCCAAAAUUUGCUUAUUCCCUUUCCAUCACCCCAGCUUCUCUUCAGAUGUAAUGCGCUUCAACCUUGACCCCUUCUCAGUGUAACACCCCCAUCACCUCAACU